CAUGUUUCGAUCAUUGUGCAGUGAUAGAGAAGAUGAUUUGGAUAGUGUUACCGAUCAUGAGUCCUCAAGUGAUUUUGAGAUUUUGUGUGAGUCCUAUUGCCAGAAGUGGACAGAGGAAAAUUGGCUUGCUUCCAUCUCUAAGCUGACAGACGGUAUGUUUAAGAUCAGUGUGUCUCAAAGGGAUGAACUGGAGAGUGAACUUUGGGAGGCUGAAAGGAGCAUGGAGGAUUGUGUACGGCUCUACCACAAACUGUGUCAGAAAUAUCCAGAUUUGGAAGAAUUUAUUUCAAAGACCCCAAAAGAUACACCUGCCAGUGCAGACACACAGUUGUCAGAGACUAUUACUGAUCCAGAUACAUUUAUUGAUCAUAUAGUGAACCUGAUUAAAAAGGAUCAGAAUCCAGAAGCAGCAUUUUUCUUGUCACCAUUCAGCUAUGAAGAGGACAAAGACUUAUUUGAUAAUAUUCUUUUAGAAAGAGAGGCAUCGGAUGAGAGCAGUUUGGAUGAUCUGUGCUGGAGCAGUGACAGGGUUGAGUACAAAUCACUGAAUGUUGAAAGUAGUCAAAAAGAUAGAAAAAGAACACAAUCUGCUUCUGAACAGAACGAGUCUACAUCAAAUGAAAGACUUGAAUUAGACAGUGGAGAAAGUGAUGAAUUUCAAGAAGAAUCGAAGGACAUAGAUCCAAUGACUAAAGGCUAUGAUGUCACCGGCAGCAGUCUUCAUCCUGAUGACACAAACCCACACCGCCACAAACAGCUGGAAACACAAAUGAACAAGAAGAAAAUGGAAAAAGCGGUUCUGAAAGCUCUCUAUAACUUGGCUGACAAAUUAAUUCUAGGUGGUAAGCCUGUAUUCCGAUUUGCGCACUUAAUUGGACAAAUGAGUACAUAUAAUGAGAAAAUACUACAGAAUAUAGAUCAUUUAUUUUCAGAAGAGCACAUUGUGUGUUACCUGAAUAAAAUCAGUGAUUUGCUGGAGUCUACCGAGGUCCCUCCACCUGUGCAGCCAGAGUCAUUGAAGAGACAGGCACUUGAACUCAUUGAAAAACAAAUACAAGGCAAGUUUUGUUAA